AUGACAGAAGAUGAGGAACUUAAAUAAGAAGAGGAAAUUUUGAACUAAUUCUAGGAUUUAGGCUUUGGUAUUAAUCCCUCAAUACAUCUUGAUUUCUCUAAUCUGCAGAUUAACAAGAUGAAAGACUAAAUUAAGCGACUGUUUAACUUAUUAAGGAAUGAAAAUAACAAAGUAGAUGUGACAUAAUUUAAAGCUUAUUUGCAUUAGGAAAAUGUUCACAAUAACAACCCUACUUUAUUUAAAAGAAUCAAUGAUAGAGCAAAGAAGUCAAAUUUUACAGAAUAGAUGGAUGAAACUGAGUUUCUAAGGUUUUUCAUGGCCUCGGAUCUCUUGCUUGAAGACUAGCCUCCUUCCCUUUAUGACUUUGUGAUGCUGUUUGAGAUGCUAGACUAAGAUAGAAGUGGUAUGAUAUCUGCAUCAAAUUUAAGGAAUUUCUUGGAAAAGGCGGAGAGGCUAAAAGUAGCAGAUUUCGAUUUGAAGAGAUAUGAAGACAAUCUCUAAACAAGAGAAGACAUUAAAGAAAAAUACGAUAUGAUUGAGGAUGACUUAGAAGAUCUAGUAGCUGAAUUUGAUCUGACUGGAGAUAGAUUAAUUUCCCCUGAAGAGUUCUACAAUAUAAUUAUGGCUUUCUAUGAAUCUAAAGAUUAUAUGAGGAAAUUUGAGUUUUGUGGAAAUAUGGAUUGCCCAGAGUGGGUUCUCUCUGAAGUAGUCUAGUUAAAUAAAAUUGGAGCAUCUAAAUUAAAGCAGAUUUUAUCUCAGAUCCUCAGAAAGAUUUUCGGAUAGGCUUAUGAUUAAGAUAAACUUAUAAAGCUUUGUAAAGACCAAAACUUAAAUGGAGAUGAUACCAAGGUACUCUUGGCUGUGUUAGAAUUCAUUUUAGCACAGGCUGGUAAGUAUAUGGCAACUGAGCAGGUGCUAAUGAAAGAUCUUUUACAAAUCGGUAUUGCAAUUGAGAAUGCUCAAGUGCUUGUAAAGACUUAUGUUGAGAAUAUGGAUGCUCUUCAGAAAUCACUAAAGGCUUAGAGUUUUAAAGUUUCUCAAAUAGAUGGCAUGAACUACAAACUAAGUUAUUUGUUUGCCAAUAGCAGCAGUGGCUAAGCUUAGAAUCUCUAAACAGGAGAAUUAGAGGCCUUAGAUACAAUAGUUACUGUUGGUCUCGAUAUCACAGAGUUCCCUCACAAUCGAGAGAAGAAGUAAAAGUAUGUUAAGUUUGGAAUGAAUAGAGAUAAGUUCCUGUAAUUUAGCAGGGAUAUGAAAGAUGCAUUAGCUCUACUCGAGAAUGCCUAGAUCCCUGAAUGA